UGAGAUCAGUAUCAAAAACCUCAUUUCCUUGGAGUACGGGCAGUCUCUCUGAAGCCAGCUCAUCAAUUUCUAAAUGCGCCUAGAAUAGAAGCUGAAAAUAAUGGAACAGGGUGAUGAUAUCUCAUUAUCUCAAUCUCGUGCCAUUCAUGCUCCUCUCCUUCGAGCUGCCCUACUAGGUGACUGGAAGGCUGCUAAAGCAUUUAUUCAGAGCCAUCCAAACUCCGUUAUAGCCCCCCUAACAGAAGACCGAGAUACUGUUCUUCACGUUGCUGUAGCUGCAAAACGUACCAAUUUUGUAAAAGAACUCGUGGGAUUGAUGAUGCCGGAAGAAUUAGCAAUGAGAGCUACCAACAAAUUCACUGCUCUUUAUUUUGCCGCUCAGUCAGAAAUCGUAACAAUUGCAGAGGUGAUGGUGAAAAAGAACAACAAUUUACCGUUGAAACACCCCAAUGACGAGAUCGAACUUUUACCACUUUACCAGGCAAUACUAACUGGAAAUAGAGACAUGGUGUCGUAUUUAUACUCUGUGACUCCUGUUGAAGACUUGGCUUAUGUGGAUCGCAUGGAGCUCGCUACCGCUGCUAUUUCCAGUGAUUUGUAUGAUACGGCACUCAAAAUACUGAAUACUCUAAAGUUAGUACCUGAAGAGAAGAAAACACUUGAAGAGGAGAAGUGUCUUUGGAUUUCAUUGGAAAUGUUGGCCAGAAAACCUUCGAAAAUUGGUAGCAAAAGUCAGGCAUCAGUAUGGGAAAGAUGGUUAAACUCCUGCUUCAGAGGUCGCUUCUGCAACAAAGCUUUGAUGCAAGCAUCAGCUCAUCAAUUAGUUGACCGCCUUUGGAAAGCCCUUGGAGACAAAAAUUUCUCGUCAACGGUGGUUCCCCAACAUAAGCGACUAGUUGUUGAAGCUGCAAAAGUAGGGAACGUUGAAUUUCUAGUUAUACUUAUACGCUCUUAUCCUCAUCUCAUAUGGCAAGUUGACCAAGAAGAUUAUGGAACUUUAUUUCACGUUGCUAUUAAACAUCGACAAGAGCAUGUUUUUAAUUUAAUACAUGAGAUAGGUGUUUUGAAGCGCAACCUUGCGAACCGUUGUGCCAAAGGGAGAAACAACAUGCUACACUUAGUUGGAGAGUUGCCUUCUUUAGAUCGAUUGAAUAUCGUCUCAGGAGCAGCCCUACAAAUGCAACGAGAGUUGUUGUGGUUUCAAGAGAUUGAAAAGAUCGUGCCAAAUUCAUCUUUGAACGAGCUGAAUGACAAUAAAAUAGAUGAGAAUGGACAUACUAUAAGGGGAGGCACACCUAGGGAUAUAUUUGUGAAGACCCAUCAAAAACUACAAAAUGAUGGUGAAAAGUGGAUGAAGAACACGUCAAACUCUUGCAUGCUCGUGGCAGCACUGAUUGCCACUGUGGUUUUCCCAGCUGCCUUCACAGUACCUGGUGGCAACAAUCAAGAAACAGGCAUUCCUAUCUUUUUGGAAAAUAACUGGUUUACAAUAUUCCUCAUAUCAGAUGCAGUGGCUAUGUUAUUCUCUUCGUCUUCAAUAUUAGUUUUCUUAUCAAUUCUCAAGUCACGCUACACAAAUAAAGAUUUCCUCAAAUCAUUACCUCGUAGGUUGGUGUUGGGACUUGCUACGCUUUUAAUCUCAAUAGUAGGCAUGCUGAUAGCAUUCACUGCAGCCUGUCUUUUGGUCUUUAAAAGCAAGACAAGUGUUCCAAUCCAUAUAACUGUUGCGGCACCAGCUGUCCCAAUCAGUUUGUUUGUUAUCCUACAUUAUGGCCUUUGGUUUGAUAUAUUCCGCUCAGCAUUCCUUUCAAAUAGGUUCCUUUUCCGAUCAAAUAAUAGGCUUUUCAAUUCCAAGUUAGCAAUGCUUGUUUCGGAAAUUAAGAAUGACAACCAAACUGGUUCGGAUGAACAAGCAAUUCCUCUGUGUUAA